UUGUUUUGAAAUUUCUUCGUUUUCUGGUCAUAAAAAUAUUUUUGGUUUUAAGAUAGAAAGGUUUUAUGAUAUACAAGAUUUAUAGAAAGUUAUUUGUUCGAAAUUGAUUGUAGCGAUUUCCCAUACUCUGGGACCAAAUAUAACUGGACAUGAGCUCUUGUUCGUAUUCGACAAGAGAUCCGAAUUUUUAGUAACAAUUUUCUGGGCGUGAGGUCUCCAUAAUUAAGAAGUUUAGAGGUAUAUUGAAAUGGUUAUGAAUUACGCAAACUGAAAUGUCCCGCAGACUUAAAAAUUUAAUGCAAGUAUUUACGCGAUCCUUUGCAAAAAAAUAUGACAAUGGUCCGAAGAUCGUCAUUGUGGAGCAAAGGAAACAUAACGAUGAAGAACAAAUUGAAAGCUCAUACAAAAAAUUGGGAGGAUCGGGCAUAUAUAAUUUCAGUAAUCAUCGUGAAGUGAAAAGUUAUAAUAAGUAUACACCAUAUGAGUAUAAAACAAGAUUGGACGAAAAAUACUUAUUAGAAGCAAGUACAAAAACUUACUGUAGCCCACUUCAAGGAUAUGCAGUACAUGAGAAACCGUCACGGAAACAGAUGUCAAAGCAACCCACAUCGAAAAUUGUGGACAAUUAUUAUGAAUCUAUCCGUCAGCAGAAAAAUGCUUCAGUUUCACCUUCACCAAAGAUUACUGGUCCUAGUAAUAGUUUAAAGACUGCUUUGCAAUUAUAUGCAGAAAAAGCUAAAAGUUUUUCAAAUAAUGAAGAAAACUAUUCUCAUCCAACCAAAUAUAAUGACUCUACGGAUAUACCUACUUUGCAACCCAUUUCAAAAUGUGUCAAACCAAGUUCUGAGGUAUCACGUCUAGACGAUGUACACAAUGAAAAUACUGUGUUAAAAAAAGAGUAUGGAAAGGGUUUAAUGGACAUCGUGGAAGAAAAUGGUCUAAAGGGAGCAAGUACGAAAAGUUCGCAACAAUACUUAAAGAUAAAAACAACUUCAUCUCCUGGUGAUGUCGACUCGUUAAUGACAGAAUUUAUUAAUCGUAAGGAUGGCAAUAAGAAUACCGUUUCAAAUGCAGGCGCUGUGGCUAAAAACAAAACUACAAAGAUUCAAAAGGAAAUUAAAAAGGUUGAAGAUUUGAAGGUUCAAAAGGAAAAUGUAAAAGUUGAAGACUUGAAGAUUCAAAUGGAAAAUAAAAAAGUUGAAGAUUUGAAGAUUCGUAUGGAAAAUAAAAAGGUUGAAGACUUGAAGAUUCAAAUGGAAAAUAAAAAGGCUGAAGACUUGAAGAUUCAAAAGGAAAAUAAAAAAGUUGAAGACUUGAAGAUUCAAAAGGAAAAUAAAAAAGUUGAAAACUUAAAGAUGUCUGCAUGUAAAUCAGCUGUUGCACUUAUUGACAUUACAUAUAACCCUUCUGAAGAUAUUCAGUAA